UCAAGUGAGCAGAGCGAAUCACAUUAACUAUCAUGUGAUUGUGUGCUGCCUCUAAAGGCUUAACUAAGGAGAACUUUACUUCCGCCUCCUGCAUCUCUGCUCCUCACACUCUCCCUUUGGCUUGGACCCAGUUCCAGUGGAUUUUUCUACUCACAAAGUUGGGAGGGGGGCUGCCUUUUUCCUGGCUUCGAACUCCCUGGCGUACAAGACUUCGUUGUAGCGACAAGUAUUCCUUCAUUUUUCCUUUCUCUCAAGCUUUUCUUCUCUCCUGGACAGACUUGUCUAUCAUGGAUCACUGAAAUGAGCAAGCCAAGGUAUUUUGUUUCUUUUUGCAAAACCUGUGUGGAUAUAAGGCAGACAGAGAUACCUUGCCCAAAUGGAACACAACCCCCCUUUUGUCUACAGGAAGAUUACUGGGCACCUCACUUUUCCUCUAAUUGCUGUCACACUCCUGUCAUCAUUUGGAUCUUCAAUGCUCUAUGGCUACAAUCUUGCCGUAGUGAACUCUCCAACAGUGCACAUCAAAGCCUUCUAUAAUGCAACAUGGCGCAGCCGAUAUGGGGAAGACCUCUCUCAAAGGUCACUCAUGCUCAUGUACUCACUGACGGUCUCAAUCUUUGCCCUGGGAGGCCUGGUGGGGUCCUUUCCUGUGGGAAUUCUGGUCACCAUAUUUGGAAGGAAUGGCACCUUGGUGCGUAGCAAUCUCCUUGUCCUCCUGGCUGGCACAUUAAUGGGAUUCAGUCGCUACAUGGAAUCACCUGAAAUGGUCAUUUUUGGACGGUUCAUUAUCGGUAUUCACUCUGGUAUCUGUCUCAGUGUGGUGCCCAUGUAUCUGGGAGAAAUUGCCCCCAAGAACCUCCGUGGGUUCCUGGGCCUUGUACCAAGCAUCUUCAUUUGCCUGGGUGUUUUCUCUGCCCAGGUCCUUGGCCUUCCAGAGCUUCUUGGGGAGGAUGCCUACUGGCCUCUCAUCCUCUCUGUGGUUGUUAUACCUUCCUUAGUCCAGUUUACACUGCUCAACUGGUUUCCAGAAAGCCCCCGUUACCUGCUCAUUGAGAAGAACAAUGUUGAGGAAGCUACAGUUGCAUUGCGAUGGUUCCUUGGCAAGUACGAUGUGCAGGAUGUGAUUGAAGAGAUGGAGGAGGAGAAGCGUUCCCUUGCCUCUGUGGAGACUUUGUCCGUGUGGCAAUUACUGCGAGAUCGCUCUGUGCGAUGGCAAGUGCUCUCUGUUGUGGUGAUCAACAUGGGCAUGCAGCUUUCGGGAAUAGAUGCGAUCUGGUUUUACACCAAUGCCAUUUUUGAGAAUGCUGGCAUUCCGGACCCAGAAAUCCCCUACACGACAGUGGGCACUGGUGCAAUCGAAGUCAUUGCUGGUUUGAUAGGUUGCUUCACGAUUGAGAAGCUGGGGCGUCGCCCACUUGUCAUAACUGGUUUCUGUUUCAUGGGCAUAUGCUGUGCCGGCAUCACUGUGUCUCUGUUGCUGCAGGCAGCUGUCUCCUGGAUGCGUUAUGUCAGUGUGGCCUGUGUCAUUGGAAUCAUUGCGGGAUUCUGCAUAGGUCCGGCUGGUGUCCCCUUUUUGAUGACAGCUGAACUCUUCAAGCAGUCCCACCGGCCAUCGGCCUACAUUGUUGGGGGCUCCCUCAACUGGCUCUCAAACUUCACUGUUGGAUUUGUGUUUCCUUUCCUGCAGAUGUCAGCGGGUGCCUACUGCUACUUGGUUUUCUGUGGCAUCUGCCUUGUGGUUGCAUUGUAUGUCUAUUUCAUCAUCCCUGAGACUAAAAACAAGACCUUUAUGGAAAUCAGCCACAUGUUUGCCUCUCGCCACAGCUUCUUCUCUCGCUUGCCCAAUGCUGUCAAGAUGGUCAAGUUCAAUGGCUACGGAGCCCUGGAGAACAGUUCCUUGGAAUAUUCUGGAAAGCAAAGACCCUUUGCAGUUGCAGACUUCCUUGAUAGACUGGCCGUACCCUGUGGGGUGGCAUCACUCCAAGAUGAUGGGUGGGGCAACCGAGGAGCAACCCACCCCUUCAAAUUUCUCCGCUCACCAUCAAGCCAAGCGGCUGACUUCUCUUGCGGAGAAACAGCACUGGCCAACAGAAUUCCAGCAGCCGGAGGGUUCGGUUGAAAAUCCAACGACAAUAAAUCUUUAUUUACAUAAUUAUAUACAAAUAGAGCAAAUCAGUCCUUUCUCCAUGAGUGCUCUCGCGGAAGCAACUCACACACACAGGAAACUCCUCUGCAUUCCACAGUCCAAGAAGGAUGUCCCGGUCAAAACAAACUUGACCCCAUUGGUCCUGUGAUACGUCAGUCAUAGCAGGUUCUCAUUAACUCCAUAACUACUGGAAUGCCUUGCCGAAAACUAACACAGAAGGCAUUUCUAACAACCCAGAUUGAUUUUAACAUUUCACAAUACACAAUACCCUGACAUCCCUGACCAAUCAUUUUGCAUGUUCAUGCAAGAGGAGGGGUUUGGACGUCCUCUCUGAAAAGCGCCUGAUGCAAGCCACAAGGCUCGUUCUGGGCUUGCGAGUUGGAGGGAGAGGGUGGCUGGCUGCCGGUUGGUCUUUUCUUUUGCUGCCUGACUCACUCUGCCUGGCCUGGCCUGUUGUUGUGGGUCAGUCAUUGAAAGAAGAACUCUACUCUUAACCAAGAAGAAAAGGCAUUUUUGAGGUGGGCUGGGAAAGGGGGGAGUUGUUUUUUCUUUUAAAAUACUAAAAUAAAGUAGUAAAAGAAGUAACGUUUAUUUUUUGAGAAAAAGCGGGGGAUGGGAGGGGAAAGUGCUUAUUUUUAAAAUCUGACUCAUUUUAAAAUCAAGGAGCUAGAAGAAGCGUUUAUUUUGGGAGAUAAAGGUGGGAGUUGGUGGUAGGGGAAAAGGGCUUAUUUUAAAGAUCUGACACAUUUUAUUUUAAAAUCAAGGAGCUAGAAGAAGCGUUUGUUUUUUUUAUUAAAAAGUGGGGGUUGGUGGCAUUUUGGGUAGGGGAAAGGGUUUAUUUUAUGUUUGUUUGUUUGUUUGAUUGGCCUCCUCGAAGCACUGUGUCCCACCAUUUCCACAAACCCUCUCUGCUGAAGUCUGGGGACCCCAGCCACGUUACACACAUAGCUGAAUCCUUCUUUGGGUUCAAGCCCUCUGGGUUCAAGUCACAAACUCUUGGGCCCAAAAAGCCCUGUGAAACAGGAAAAAACACUUUCAAACCAGGAACAGAUUUCCUUAUUCUGAGGCAAAUGGGCAUCUGUCAGGAGUGGUUUAAUAGUAUGCUAUGAUUUCUGUUCCUGAUUGAUAACUGUUACUUCCUAAUUGGUUCUGCCACAAAAACAUGGCAAAACUUUAUUACACUGCCUGAACUUUGUCUUUGCACAAGGGACAUCGUGCUGAUUGAUAGCACAUUAGGGUUUGCUGGGUGUCCACCAAUUUAACAGAGUUUCAGCCACAAAAAACAAAGUUUCAGAAGUAGAACAACAACUUUCAAAGUAAAGACAACCCAAUGAAUCAGGAAAUAAGACUUUCAAACCACGAACAGAUUUAUGCAAUUAUUUAAAAAAUGGUUUUUUAUAUAAACCAUGAAAAUUCACCAAAACC